AUGACGCUGACUACAGACAAGGUUCAGGAUGGAAUGGAGCUCAUUGACCUACUCAGGAACACCGAUGAAACCACUGGUUGCCACAGCAACCAGCAAUGGACUAUCAACAUUCAUGACACCUUGAGCCCAGAGGGACGUGGUGCUGAUGACUUCCUGGAUACCCUGUUGGGUGGGAGUGAUUCAUCCUCUGCAUCAACAUCCCCCCUGUGGUCACCCUGUACCACUGACAGUGGCAUUAAUGAGGAUCAAACAGCAGAUCACACAGAGAGUCCUCACUCACCCCCCUGCGGCCCGGUUUCAGACUUUGUCACGCAGUCUCUCUUUCAGCCUCCACCUCUGGAGAACCACCCGCCUCCAAGCAAGAUCAAAAAUGAAACAACACCUGAUGUCUCCAUUGAUUUAGGCUGGGACUGUGGUGACCUAGAAGAGCAGCUUGGAAUUGCAUACUACCUCAAAACAAACCAAAGCUCCCUGCUGUUGUCAAGUCAGAGUCUAACUGUGAAGGACCUGCUGUUAUCCAACCUCGGACAAAAAGGGCAGCGAUUCCCCCAGCAUUCCCUUCAGGAGCUUGUACUUAAUGAGGAUGAGAAGAAGCUUCUGGCUAAAGAAGGGGUAAACCUACCCAGCAAACUGCCCCUGUCCAAGUCUGAAGAGAGGGUUUUGAAGAAGAUCCGGCGGAAAAUUCGCAACAAACGCUCGGCUCAAGAAAGUCGGAAGAAGAAGAGGGAAUACAUUGAUAGUCUGGAGGGAAGGAUGUCUGCAUGUAACUCUCACAACCUUGAGCUGCAGAGAAAGAUCCACCAGUUGGAGGAAACCAACAAUGUUCUGUUGGAACAGCUAAGGCAGCUACAGGCUCUGCUUGCUAAUAACUCCAGGAAGGCAACACACAGAGGAACCUGCAUUCUGGUUUUGCUCCUGUCCUUCUCUCUGCUCAUUUCCUCAAAUCUUCAGCCAGACCCGUACAGCCAGCUCAGCCAGGGCGAGUACACAGAGACUAAAGUGCCGUCGCGUUCCCUGCAGUCGAUGGAAGUACGUGACAUCCCUCCUCCUCAGCCCCUUCCUCUCCUCUCUGCCUCUUGGGGAUUGGAGGCACUGUGCAGUGGAAUGGAGAAGUUCUGGUCUUGGACAGAUCUGCCUACUGCAGAUCACAGGCACAGGGAUGAUCAUUGAUCUCCUCGAACGCCCCUGGAGGAGAAUGAGUGUAGGCUUGCUUGCAAGCUCAGCAUCUAAAUGAGCAGUUUAAUUGCUUUUCAGCACCUGUUUCUCAGGUUGACCCAGGUGUUAUUAUCACUGGCUCCGUCAUCCAGUCAAUGAAUAUUCUGAUAUUCACAUAUUCAGAUGGACAACAGUGAGAAGGGCACACAGACUUAUGCGAUUAUGGUAACACUUUAUUUUAAGGUGCAUAUAUUCGGCAUUAACUUGGUGAUUAUUGUUGGCAUACAUGCUACUACUAUAUUGGGUUUUUAUUCGUCAUUAUAUUCAUUCAUUAUGGUUACUCUCUAGCAGUUCUUCCUUUAUGACAUCUUGAAUACUGUGUGUCAGUAGUAAUUAUGGAAGUUGUUGGACAUGAAUUACUGUCUUAUUAUGCUUUGCUCCAUCUUUUAAUUACUAUAAAACUAUAUGCUCAAAUAGUUAGAGGUCUUUUCUUAUAUUUUAUAACCACAAACAUUAAAUGUUAAUCAUGUCCAAAUAACUCUAAAUGAACUCUUUCUGACGCAGAACAAUACCUGUUCUGAUGGGAGAUCUUACCCAAAGUAAUUCACUUUUAAAAACUAACUAUUGAAAUAGUUAUAGGAAAGACCUUGUUCUAGAACAGAGAACAUACUUAGUCAUUUAGAUACCGUUUAGAUACCAUUUGUCUAUAGGGUUUGCUUCACAACAGUAGAACAUAUUUAUUAAGCACUAUUGUGGGAGGUGGACUGUCCUUGUGUGUCACAAGAAUAAGGCCCAUAGUGAAUACUGAGAAAGAAAUUGUAAUUCAUGUAAAACUUCCAUACUUACAUUAGUUAAGCUAACAAAAAAAAGUUAAUGGCCUCAAUGCUUCAAAUAGAGGUGCUUAAUAAGGAAAAAUAAAAAGUUAAUAUACUUCUAAAAUGUAUGAUAA